CUGCCAACCAAUCAGAACGUUUUCAUUUCGCAAGAAAAAAGACGAGAAGUUGUGUGUGACUCAGAUAGUCUGUAGUAAGUCUGAAUAACAAUGGAUCCAGUUUGGUGCUGUUUAACGGCAAUUGUCCUUCUUUGGGGGACACAGUUACCGGGAACUGAAGCCUUGCUCUGUUUUUGUCAUCAUUGUACAAAAGACAAUUUCACCUGUGAAACAGAUGGACUGUGCUAUGUAUCUGUCACCCAGACGCCCAUGAAGGUUACACAGAGAAGCAUGUGUAUGGCAGGGAACGAACUCUUUCCCCCGGAUAGACCCUUCAUUUGUAUCCCCUUUUCGAAUGGUUUAUCCAAUACCUGGCAACACUGCUGUAACACUGACUUCUGCAAUAAAGACCCACCUGUGCCACCACCAGAAAUUCCAGAAGAGGCAAGUGCUCCAAGCCUGGGACCUGUGGCCUUAGCAGCAGUAAUAGCAGGGCCGGUGUGCCUUGUUUGCAUUCUUCUGAUGUUGACUAUUUAUAUUUGUGUCAGUCGCUCUGUCAUUCAUCACCGUGUCCCAAAUGAAGAAGAUCCUUCAUUAGAUCGACCGUUUAUAACGCAGGGUACCACCUUAAAAGAUUUGAUUUAUGACUUGACAACUUCAGGUUCUGGAUCAGGUCUACCUUUGCUGGUACAAAGAACAAUUGCCAGAACCAUCGUUUUGCAAGAGAGCAUUGGAAAGGGCCGCUUUGGGGAAGUCUGGAGGGGGAAGUGGAGAGGAGAAGAAGUUGCUGUCAAAAUCUUCUCUUCUCGUGAAGAGCGCUCUUGGUUCCGUGAAGCAGAAAUUUACCAAACUGUCAUGUUGCGUCAUGAAAAUAUCCUUGGGUUCAUCGCAGCAGACAACAAAGAUAAUGGAACUUGGACUCAGUUGUGGCUCGUGUCAGAUUACCAUGAGCAUGGAUCACUUUUUGAUUAUUUAAAUAGAUAUACAGUUACUGUAGAGGGCAUGAUUAAACUGUCCCUGUCCACUGCCAGUGGACUCGCCCAUCUUCACAUGGAGAUUGUAGGAACACAAGGUAAACCUGCAAUUGCUCACAGAGAUUUAAAGUCGAAAAACAUUUUGGUAAAAAAGAAUGGGACAUGCUGCAUAGCGGAUUUAGGUCUGGCAGUAAGACACGAUUCAGCUACAGACACGAUUGACAUUGCUCCAAAUCACAGAGUGGGAACAAAAAGAUAUAUGGCCCCAGAAGUCCUUGACGAUUCCAUCAAUAUGAAACAUUUUGAGUCUUUUAAGAGGGCUGACAUCUAUGCUAUGGGAUUGGUGUUCUGGGAGAUAGCACGGAGGUGCUCGAUUGGUGGAAUUCAUGAAGACUACCAGCUUCCAUAUUAUGACCUGGUUCCUUCAGAUCCGUCUGUUGAGGAAAUGAGGAAAGUGGUUUGUGAGCAGAAGCUCAGGCCAAACAUUCCUAACCGGUGGCAGAGUUGUGAGGCCCUGCGUGUAAUGGCGAAGAUUAUGCGUGAAUGUUGGUAUGCCAAUGGAGCAGCUAGGCUGACGGCUUUACGCAUCAAGAAGACGUUGUCUCAGCUCAGUCAGCAGGAAGGCAUUAAAAUGUAAACCCAGGCCUGCAACUUAAAAGCGUUAUUUCUUUUUUCUUUUUUUUUUCUUUGUUCAGCUGCUGGGUUGCAGUAUUUGGAAGGGAUAUUUUGUUCUACCUCAACGAGGGAACAGAAAGAUGGAUCUCGCUGCCUUUAAAAUUACAUAGGAACACUGCAAAAAGCUGAGCUCUCCCUGCAGAGAUGCUACAUGGAGCUGUGGGAUACUUUCUGUGCACUAUGAACCCCUCCUUACCCAGGACAUUUACAGACUAUGAUGUAGAUUAGCUUUAUUUUUUAUUAACAUUCAACUUGAUUUAAAAAAGAAAAAAAAAAAAAAAAAAAAAUGCGCUAGAGAGAGAAAUUUUGUAAUUGCUGGUCUUAACGUGUAGGUAACAGUGCUUCAUGAUAAAUGAUUGUACUGAUAGUGGGGGCUGGUCCUGUCAAAUCAUACAGUGUUAAACAGGAAAGGAUUUAUUCAUACUACUCUUUUAGAAUCAGGUACCUUUUUAUAUUGGCAUUUUAAUUUGUUUGGCUUUGAGAGAUGGCAGUUUUUUUAUUAUUUGUUGGGAGGCUCGUAUUACACCAUUUAAAAAAAUAAAUAAUAAAAAAAAAGUAGAUCAACAUACUUACAUUGUAUGAUUUAGAAAGUUGACAUGACCUCAUUGAGUCUUGGCAAACGUGCUUUGACAUAUGCAAUAUAUAUUUUAUAUAGUACUGCUCUGUUACAAAAAAAAAACAAAAAACAUGCCUUUUAAGCUAGGUGUUACCAGAAAGUGCCACUACUUUUAGUAAUACCACGUACCAGUGUGAAGUCCCAGUAUAUGUAUGCAUCAGAUAUAUAGAAAGCUAUAUUUCAGGACGUCCACAGGGUAUAUUCCAGUUAUGCACAGUUUUUCAUGUGACGUCAUCACAGCACAGUGCUGCCAUACUGGUGGUCAAAAAGCAUUGGCGGGCAAAGACAACUUCAUUUAGCGCAGACUUUCUAUUUUACAAGGCCAGAUGUGUGUUGUGCUGUUGGAUGCACCAACAGAAGAUGAGAACAAAGUGGAUUUCAGCCAUUACCUGGGCAGCAAAAAAAAACGGAUCCACGUAGCCCAAAGUCAAAGACGACAGACUGGACUCCAACUCAGUCACACGAUUGUGUAGUGAGCACUUCCAUAAAAGGUUUGUAGCAGCAAUAUAUUGGAGUUAGUUCUGGCCUUUUAUUAUUAUUAUUAUUAUUAUUAUUAUUAUUAUUAUUAUUAUUAUUAUUAUUAUUAUUAAUAGGUAUGCCGAUUCCCAGUUCUUACAUAAAAUAUGACUUUACCGUUACAGAAUUAUGCUACGUUCAUUAUUUUACUGAACUUCAGUAUGAAAUCACGGAACCAUCAGUUUAUAACAUUUAAAUGCACAAAUGAUGAAAACUACACGUCAUUUUAUGCUACUUGAAAACUGAACAGAAAUCAUUAUACACAUACCUUAACAUUGUUAAUACUGUGCUCAUUUUUGCACAGCAAAGUCCUCGGCUUAACCGUAUACUGUCACUCACUGAUUUUACAGGAGCAAAGAAAUCUACAGAUUAGUUACUGACACUUCGUACAAAGUUAUGAUACACUUGUAUAUACCAAAAAUGUCAUAUUGUUUUAAUUGCGAGUCUAUUUAACGAAAGAUGUUAAACGUUUACAUACAAACAUAGAAAUACAGCAUAAUUCAAAUUAGUACAGGAUUUUUAAACAAACUGUUGAACAUUGUGUAUUUGGUAAUAUGUAAGUAAGGCUUUCUUAAAAGGAAAAAAUAAACUAGUUUACUGCUGUCUUUCAGGGUAGUAAAAAGCACAGUGGUGCACAAGAGAGGUCACAGAUGCCAAGUAUCUGGCACUCGGCAUUUAUAUCUUCCCGUAGGUGAGAAGUGUGCUCUAUGGUUUCACAUUUUGGUGUGGAAGAUAGCGUUUUUGCAUUAGCCGCCAUGGUUGUUUUGACCACCAGUAUGUAGCCUGCUGGGGUCACAUCACUGCAAAGCCUCAAUAUAGGACCAUGUAAAGUGGCGAUUAAGAAUAAAGUCGCCUCCCCCUUCAACUUCAUUUAUUCAAUCCUUUGUUUUUAAUUGGUCUAUAUAAUUCUAUAACUGUGGUUCUAUUUUAUUGUAAAGAUUUUUUGUUCUUUUUUUUAUAUCAUGCCUACUUUCUUUUUUUGUGGCAUUUGUAUCAGAUUUAGAUUUUUGAGCUCCCUUAAGCUAAAUAUCAGGUGGAAGAAUAUCAUUUUUUCUAAAGACAGUAUGUAAGAUAAGGUCUAGUAAGUGUACUUGCAGCGUGGCCAUUUUAUUCCUUUUUUGUAUGUUCACUACUGUCUUUGUUUCAUUUUUGUGUGUCUGCACCUAAACUGUUUCUGUAAUGAGUGCAUUCUUUAAAGAAAAGGUGAUUUUGUUUAAAUAAAAGCAAGCGAGUGACCUUUACUAAGCCAUAGAUUUAAAUAUAUAUAUAUAUAUAUAUAUAUAUAUAUAUAUAUAUAUAUAUAUAUAUAUAUAUAUAUAUAUAUAUAUAUAUAUAUAUAUAUAUAUAUAUAUAAUUAUGGCAACAUUUACUGCAAGAAAAUAUUUAAUGUACGGCUGUUAAGCGGCUACUUAAAGUCCAUUUCAGCAAGCCUUAAGGGACCAAGGCUUCAGGUUACAGUUUUAAGAAUCAUACGCAAGGUACUCAAAUUAUGUAGCACCAGUUUUAACACUAAUUUAAUAUCCCUUUACCAUAUUGUUCAAAGUAAAAUGAAUUGAUUUUGAAUUUCAUUGUAUUACAAAUAACUGCUGCUAACCUAGUAUUCUCUUUGGUUAAGUUUGUUUAAAAAAAUAAUAAAAAAAAUAAAAAAUAUUCUGGAAGCUUUAGUGAUGUAUAUAUUCAAAAUACUUGUCAGUGUGAGUGCCAUGAAUUGUAAAAUGACUUCAACACCCUUGAAAUAUGUUGUGCCAUUCAAAUAAUACAGGUAUGUGAGAUUGGUUAAUGUUAAACACCAAUUGAAAUAGACUAAAACCCGGGUAUUGAAAGAAGGGUAUUUAAUGUAUUAUGGUAAUUGUUAAUAAAAAUUAUGUAUUUUAACUUCUAAAAUAGAACAGAAAAUAUGGAGGGGGGCAGUUGGAGCAAAAUGAGAGAGCUACCCCAUUACUGAAAAGGAAAAACAAAAGUGAAAACAUUUGUGUGUUGGGAAAAUAGCCAAACUUUUCGCGCAACUUUCCUAAACACAGUCACAGUUCUACUUAACUACAGCAACAUAAGACCCAUGACCCAUAUCCCAUGUUCUCCAUUUAGAAACUACUGUUACUGUAUCAGUAAGAUACGAUGCAUAUCUUGCUGAUUCUCCUGAGACAACAAACCCCUAGAUCUCUCUUCUAUCUUUACAUAUUACCAUCUCCUAUCACCAGCAGACUUAAAAAAAAUAAAAUAAAAUAAAAGUAUUUAAAAUAAUAAAUGUAAUCAUAAAUACAGUUGGUGUUGCAUGUCUAGGGUCAGUUUGGUCUCACCAGCAUUUAAUUCAGCACUUCUUAACCAUGUUGUUGGUUUACCUUCUGUUGUGUUUUGUUUCAUUCUCAGAAUUUUGACCUAGUUUUUUAGUUAGGUGUCUACUUAGUUAUACAAACUAUCUCCUAAGUAUACAUAAAACCUGUCUUAAAGCCCAUCUGUCUUUAAAAAGUUGUCUUGAACAGCGUGCAUUCAUUCUUGUAGUCUAACACCCAGAACAAAUAUUUAUGGUCUGUGUGGUUUUCAUUCCCCCCCCCCCCCCCAGUGGUAGCUUUAGUAAAGAGGCCAAUUGGUUGUACAGGGUGGGUGGGUCUUAUAUAUGAGAUAAACCCAAGUAAAACAUGUGGUGAUGCGCUACAUGAGACUAAAGUCCAUGUCUGCAUCAAUUGCCUUAAAGAAAAAAAAGAAAAAAAAAACCCUCAGACCAAGGUGUAUUUUCCUCAUUGUACAUAAGUGUUUAAUGUGUUAAUUGUUCUCCAGGUUUGCAAUUAUGUUUCUAUAAAUACACAAUUUUGUAAAUGGUACUAACAUUGUAUUGUGUUUGUAUCGUGCCCAAAUUGUAGCAAGUAAUUAUAUUUCUCUUUUUACCAUAUUCUAUAAUUGACUUUUCCAAGCUUGUUAAUGCUUUAAGAAUGUCCACCUCCUGAUUUUUGUUCUUUUUGCAGAUUGCUGUGUGUGUGUGUGUGUGUGUGUGUGUAUAUAUAUAUAUAUAUAUAUAUAUACUUUUUUUUUUCCUUGAGGUGCUCAAUACAAGGUUGAUGAUUUAAAGAUAGACACUUCAAACCUAAUACUGAAGUGUCACAUUUUUCUUCCUCAUUUAAGUAUAUGUGUUGGCUUUUGUAGUUUGUACAAAAGAAGAAAUGGUAAUUAUAGGACAGUAGCUAUGAAUGAUGCUUAUGUUAAGUGCUAACAUAGUGCAGUAGAAAGGUCAAAGUGAAUAAAAAGUUAUGUUUA